UGUAUUUAGAAAUUUAACAGCUGCCAUAAAAAAAAAAAACAAAAAAAAAAUAUAAAAAAAAUCAGACUAUGUCCGCCUUACGUCGUUUAAGUCGCGAACUAAGCGAUAUUCUGGCUGCCAAGUCGAAAGUCCUGCGCAAUAUCGAAGCAUCGGAUGAGUCCUUGCUGCUGUGGACGGGGCUGUUGGUGCCAGAGAAGGCGCCCUACAAUAAGGGCGCCUUUCGCAUUGAGGUUAGCUUCCCAGCACAGUAUCCCUUUAUGCCCCCGAAGAUACUCUUUAAGACCCAAAUCUAUCAUCCCAAUGUCGAUGAGAAGGGUCAGGUGUGCCUGUCAAUUAUAACAGUCGACAACUGGAAGCCCACAACGCGCACUGAGCAGGUGUUCCAGGCUCUCAUUGACAUUGUGCAUAACCCCCAGCCGGAGCAUCCAUUGCGCUCUGAUUUGGCCGAGGAAUUUGUCAAAGAGCACAAAAAGUUUAUGAAGUCCGCGGAGGAGUUUACCAAAAAGAAUGCCGAAAAGCGUCCCCAGUAAAUAGGAAUAAAAAAAAAUAAACUCGCCAGAAUUUGGCUACAACUGGAAGAACCUUAUCUGUACAAAAUUCUAUAUACAUGGUCUUCAAACUAUUUAUUGCUGUCUUUUGUUGGAAAUUCAAUUAAAUUUAGUAGCUGCUUACACAUAAUCCUAUAAAUACGAACUGAACUACUACCUUUGGCUACCUCAACUAAUCUUACGAUGCAAAUGCUUAACCUGUGCUAGCAUGUGCUCCAUCUGUCCAGUUAUUUAUAGGCCAAAAGCCUGCCAGCCUGGCUAUUGAAUAAUUUACAGUUAGCAGACUGCAAUAACUCUGACAAUUGCCGAGCUGUGCCGUUUGGCACAGAAUUUACAAUGGGGAGUUACCUGAAUUUAAUGUCACACUCUGUGGUUAGUUUGGCCCUGAGAAAUGUGGAUUUGUAUGGCUUUGUUAAUUAAUUGAAAAGCUACUAAAAUUUCAUGGGGAGCAUUAGUUAAGAUAUAGACACAUCAAUGGAAUGCUGAAAAUGAGCCUAUUAGGAGAGAUGAUCGGGUAGAUGAUUCAAGUACUGGCAAUUGACUUCCUUUGGUCAUUUUUCAUCAUGCGAUUAGCCAACACUUUGUCGAGUGCUCUGUGCUCUGCUCCUGGCAGUUUAACUCCAGACUAAACUGUAUCAAAUCUAGCUUAAUUCUCAAUUGUUAAAGAAAUCAGCACAACUUAAAGAUAUAUUUUAAAUACAAUAUGUCGCAGGCAAUUGUAAG